AUGAGGACUCGCCUGCCACGCCUGUCACGCCUGUCACGAUCACUCUUUGUCCUUCUGGUCUUGACGAUCCUCCUCGUCGCACCGGUACUCUCUGCAGCAGACGCGCCUCUCCGCAAGGCCUCGGGCCCCUACCUCUGCCGCUGCACCUGCUUCGUGACCAACACGACGCUGGUGCCGCUGUAUGCGCCCGUGGACCCGCGCAACCCCUGCUCGACGUGCACGCGGCAGUUUUGCCUGCAGCAGGGCCUCGAGGCCUGCAAGGGCGCCAAGCUCGAGCGGCCCAACGAGGACACGGGCUCGGGGUGGGAGGGCGAGGUGUGGGCGCGGUGCCUGCAGCCGGCAUCGAGCCGCGACCGCAUGAUCCUCUCCGUCUACGUCUUGGUCGUUGUCGCUCUCCUCGUCUUUUCAGCCACGAGGGGCCGGAUCGCCUCGCUUCUUGGAGAGUUGCAAUUCAGGAGCAACGGAUCCAAGGGGGUGGAGCAGGGGCCGUCUAUCGAGCGGUGA